AUGGCUCUUGCGUUCGAGGGCCGAGGGUCGAGAGUGGCGCGGCGGCGGCCGGGCCGAGGGGGGCCGGAUUCUGCGCGUGGCCGCCUUCGGGCAGCCGCGGCGGGAGCGCGGCCAGCCUCGUCAGUGUUCAGUGUUGUGGCAACGCCAGGCGCGAACGGACCGGGCUCGAUCGCGCGCGCGAUACAAAUUCAAGCGCAGAUUCGUGUCCGCAGCGUGCUGGAUCUUUCGGGCAGGACGUCGUCCAAGAGGCUUCCGCGGACCCUCGGCGGCGGCAAUGAACUAGGGGGCAGCGUGCUCAUCAACCCCGUGUGCAUUUUGCGCGACAAGCUGGGGACCGUGACGCAGCAGCAGCCCAACACAACCCUGUCGCCCUACUUCCACCACCACCAGCUGGGGUACCCGGCGGCCGGCGGCCUGGGCGGGGGUCCUCGGGCGGCCGCGGCCCUCCACUCGGCGGCCGCCUGCAACAUGAUCAUCACGUGCGCCGCCUGCGACAAACCCAUCCUCGACAAGUUCUUGUUGAACGUGCUGGACAGAGCGUGGCACGCCGAAUGCGUGCGUUGCUACGACUGCAACGCGCACCUCACCGAAAAGUGCUUCAGUAGGGAGGGCAAGCUCUUCUGUAGGAACGACUUUUUUAGGCGUUACGGCACGAAGUGUGGUGGUUGUCUUCAAGGGAUUUCACCGAGCGACUUAGUUAGAAAAGCGCGGGACAAAGUGUUCCACCUGAACUGUUUCACGUGUCUUGUAUGUCGAAAACAGUUAAGCACUGGCGAAGAACUCUACGUCCUCGACGACAAUAAGUUCAUCUGCAAGGACGACUACCUCAGUGGAAAAAGCUCGCACGGUGAUUCCCUGUUGGGUUCCGCGAGCGAAGACGAGGAGGAUGAAGACUCGAAAACGACCUCUCUGCCCCCGGAGGCCAACAACAACUCGUCGAGUAACAACCACAACGUGCGAGGCACCAGCCCCGGCGCCUCGCUUCUCGGAGGCGUCGGCGCCGGUGACCUCAAGGUCGACCCAUCGCUAACCACCCCCGAGAAGGACUCGCUAAACGACUCCGAGGGCUCGUUGGACGGCGAUCCGGAAACGCGAGACUCGCAAACCGAGAACAAAAGCCCAGACGGCGACGGCGCAGUCGGCUCGAAAAGAAGAGGUCCCAGAACAACAAUCAAAGCAAAGCAGCUCGAGAUAUUAAAAACUGCCUUUUCUCAAACGCCCAAGCCGACGAGACACAUCAGAGAGCAAUUAGCCAAGGAGACCGGCCUUCCCAUGAGAGUAAUUCAGGUGUGGUUUCAAAACAAGCGAAGUAAGGAGCGUCGCUUGAAGCAGCUGACGUCGAUGGGCCGAGGUCCGUUCUUCGGGUCGACGCGCAAAAUGCGCGGCUUCCCCAUGAACAUGAGCCCAGGUCUGGACGACGGCUCAGGUGGGCCCGGCUUCCCAUAUUUCGCGGCGGCCGCCGCCGCAGCUGCUGCGGCCGCGGACGGCAAGUUCCCUCCUGACUUUGGCUACCCUGGCCAGGGUUUCCACGACUUCUUCCCUGGACAACCUGGCUCGGGGCCACCUUUGCCCUUCCCUCCACAAGGAAUGAUUCCAGGUGGAAUGGACGGAGGCCCUGGCUCGAUGCCAGGCCCCAUGCCCGGCGAGUUUGGUCCCAUGAACCCCAACAAUGACCCAUCCUUCUUGCAACAGGGUGACCUCAUGUCGCAAAGGUCCAGUCCGGACUACAUUGCGCCAAGUUACUCGGACUUUGGUUAACGAACGGAACAGAAAAGAGGCCCUGACUUUUUAUUUAACAGAUAAACUAUAACUUUAAUGUGUGUAAAUAGCGGAAUCAAUGCUGCUGAAAUGAGAGAUCUGUUGAAUGUGCGUCUGCAAUUAAAUGUGAUUACAAGAGAUAUUGAUAUUAAAUAAUUAUAUAUAAUUAUGACAAGAACAAUUAUUACUACCGAGGUUCACAAACACACACACAUUACACACUUGAUAUUAUUCUUCGCGAAAAUAUUAUGGCUAAUAUUGUAUUUAUUAUGAAAGCAAGAAGUUAUGAACAAAAAAGUGUAUAAGAAUUCGGCGAGAUUUGAUAAGAAACGUGAAUUUAAUAGAGAGAAGCAAAAAGUGCGCAUAGUUAGUUGCAUAAAUAAGUGUGCCAAAAACGUUUACAAAGUACCAUCUCUUUCACACAAACUACACAUUCUGCUGAUCUUUGUUAGCAGGGUGUGAUGAGAUUAGAUAUUGAUUUCGCCUUCUCUCCUCUGGAUGUUGAGCCAUUUUCAUUCGUUUAUUGGGCGCAAAGGACAAAAGAGUCCCUGCUCUUUUGACUCCUCACUCGAUCGGACUUGUAACUUUCGUUGAUAUGUGGAUUCUUUGCUGUGGAUAAGAGAAUUUUCAUAUAUACAUAUGAUUGUGAAUAGAAACAAAACGUUGGCAGUUUUUAUGUGUUGUUACAUAAAUAUUACAAAGGCGACCUGUGCACAAAAAACUAUUUUGUGUUUUGUCCUAUAUACGUUCUUCUGUCAUUUUUUUUUAAAUUGUGUAACCCAACAAUGGAAAGUUUUGUCAUCGUUUUGAUGACGAUAUCAUGUACAUAUCUGCUGCUACCCUCAGAAUAAAAUCAAGGCAAAUAAAAAAAUAA